GGAUUUGUAGAGUUAGGUCAUUCUCGGGUGACUGCCGAAGGCUUGGAAAAGUGCUGCCUAGCGGGGAUGCAAAUUCCUGACUGAGCUCGGCGUGGGUCUUUCCGGUCACGUGCUGUGCGGAACAGCUGCUAGACACGUUAUUGCUAGGCAACGCUUGCACGCUCUGUCCCGCGCUGGAUCCCCGCAGUGGAGGAUCUGGGCGCCGCUGGCUGACAUGGACCAGUACUGCAUCCUCGGUCGCAUAGGGGAGGGCGCCCACGGCAUCGUCUUCAAAGCCAAGCACGUAGAGACUGGAGAGAUCGUUGCCCUCAAGAAGGUGGCCUUGCGGCGGCUGGAAGAUGGCAUUCCUAACCAGGCCCUAAGGGAAAUCAAGGCUCUGCAGGAGAUCGAGGACAGUCAGUAUGUGGUGCAGCUGAAGGCUGUGUUCCCACACGGUGCAGGGUUUGUGCUGGCUUUCGAAUUCAUGCUGUCAGACCUGGCAGAGGUGGUGCGCCAUGCCCAGAGGCCACUGGCCCCGGCACAGGUCAAGAGCUACCUGCAGAUGCUGCUCAAAGGCGUUGCGUUCUGCCACGCCAACAACAUUGUGCAUCGGGACCUGAAGCCUGCCAACCUGCUCAUCAGUGCCUCAGGCCAGCUCAAGAUAGCUGACUUUGGCCUGGCCCGGGUCUUCUCUCCAGAUGGUGGUCGCCUCUACACACAUCAGGUGGCCACCAGGUGGUACCGAGCUCCUGAGCUCCUGUAUGGUGCUCGGCAGUAUGACCAGGGCGUCGACCUAUGGGCUGUGGGCUGCAUUAUGGGAGAGCUGUUGAAUGGGUCCCCCCUGUUCCCUGGAGAAAAUGACAUCGAGCAACUCUGCUGUGUACUUCGCAUCCUGGGCACCCCCAGUCCUCGCGUCUGGCCGGAGAUCACAGAGCUGCCUGACUACAACAAGAUCUCCUUCAAGGAGCAGGCACCAAUGCCCCUGGAGGAGGUGCUGCCUGAUGCCUCUCCCCAGGCCUUGGACCUGCUGAGUCAGUUCCUCCUCUACCCUCCACACCAGCGUAUCGCAGCCUCCCAGGCCCUUCUGCAUCAGUACUUCUUCACAGCUCCUCUGCCUGCUCAUCCAUCUGAGCUACCAAUUCCUCAGCGCCCAGGGGGACCUGCACCCAAGGCUCACCCAGGCCCUCCCCAUGUGCAUGACUUCCAUGUGGACCGGCCUCUUGAGGAGUCACUGCUGAACCCAGAGCUGAUUCGGCCCUUCAUCCCAGAGGGGUGAGAUGCUCACCCUAUCCUGCCGCUUACCCCAGGAGCACCUAGACAGCCAUUCCUCUGCCUCUUCCUUAUUUGCCUCAUUGGCCUCCCCAAGGCUAUACACACCACACCUUGUCCUUACUCCUUAGCCUGGUUGAGGGCUGGGCUGCAGGAGGCAGAACUGUGAAGAUGUCCUACCUAGCAGAGAACAAGACUCACAGCCUCCAGAAGCGACUAACUGUGUCCUUACCCAGGGCUGCCACUCAGUGGUGUCACCUGCCUUGGAGAUGGUUCUCCAGGCUCUGUCUCCUGCUCAAGUACAUUGCUAUUAGAGCGUCACCUGGGGAGGCACAGCUAGGAAGGCAGGCUUGCUAUGGUUUGGUUUCCAGAGUACUCUGAGCCAGGAUUUGAGAUUCAUAUAAAAGCCCUGAGUAUUUCUGCCUGUUUCUAUUAGGGAAAUUGACAAGGGUGGCCCCUUAAUUCAUAGGGGUCAGUCACCCAGAAGGUGCUUCCAGUCAGGGCCAUUUUGGUCCUGAGGCUUCCUGUGCUAUCCAUGUGACUUGAGUGCUCACCAGUCAGGGUCUAGAAGUUGAGGCCCAGAGACGGCCAGUCUGACUCCCAAAGCACGCUUUCCACAUGCUGGGUGGUUAGUCAGUUUUUCUGAAGGAUAAGGGUGAGCCAGAGGCUGCUGUGAAGAUUUGAAGCAGGCAUUCCUGGAAUUCAUUCAGUAAAUAAACUCCAGUGUAACUCA